AUGCUCCGGCUGUGCCACAGGAAGCCGCUCACCACAGCUGCAUGUGGACCCACAAUGCACCAGGACCUGGUUCUCCUCCUGCUGUUUUGCCCGGUUCUCCUCCUGCUGUUUUGCCUGGUUCUCCUCCUGCUGUUUUGCCUGGUUCUCCUCCUGCUGCUGUGCCUGGUUCUCCUCCUGCUGUUGUGCCUGGUUCUCCUGCUGCUGUUGUGCCUGGUUCUCCUCCUACUGUUGUGCCUGGUUCUCCUCCUACUGUUGUGCCUGGUUCUUCUCCUGCUGUUGUGCCUGGUUCUCCUCCUACUGUUGUGCCUGGUUCUCCUCCUACUGUUGUGCCUGGUUCUCCUGCUGCUGCUGUGCCUGGUUCUCCUCCUGCUAUUGUGCCUGGUUCUCCUCCUGCUAUUGUGCCUGGUUCUCCUCCUGCUGCUGUUGUGCCUGGUUCUCCUCCUGCUGUUGUGCCUGGUUCUUCUCCUGCUGUUGUGCCUGGUUCUCCUCCUGCUGCUAUGCCUGGUUCUCCUCCUACUGUUGAGCCUGGUUCUCCUCCUGCUGUUGUGCCUGGUUCUCCUCCUGCUGUUGUGCCUGGUUCUUCUCCUGCUGUUGUGCCUGGUUCUCCUCCUGCUGCCAUGCCUGGUUCUCCUCCUGCUGUUUUGCCUGGUUCUCCUGCUGCUGCUGUUCCUGGUUCUCUUCCUGCUGCUAUGCCUGGUUUUCCUGCUGCUGUUGCGCCUGGUUCUCCUCCUGCUGCUGUACCUGGUCUCCUGCUGCUGUUGUGCCUGGUUCUCCUGCUGCUGCUGUGCCUGGUUCUCCUCCUGCUGCUGUGCCUGGUUCUCCUCCUGCUGUUGUUGUGCCUGGUUCUCCUCCUACUCUUGA